UGUCCGACUCCUCCCAUUUAGGGUUCGCGUUAGGCAGGCCUGGACCUUAGGAAUUGGGCCGUCUUCCCUCCCCGGCUGAGGCGAGGCGGGACUGUUGUUGCCGAGGUGAGGUCUAGUAAAUGGUGAAGUACUUCCUGGCCAGGGGGCACCUGGCGCCGUGGGGUCUCGGUGGCGUAGAGUGGGAGAGGAGCCCGACCCGCGAGGGAACCCAGCCUCGCCACCGGAGCGGGCAGAGCGCAGCCCUCAGCUCUGGCGGGCGGCGUGGAAAGCGCAGUCAAGCCAGUGUAACCAAGGCACGGCCGUGGGUGACCCUCCCGACGGCUUUUUCGGCCCAGCACCCGGGAACGCUUGCGGAGCUCUCGGCCGCGUGGAGGGGACCGCUGGUGCCCUGAGCUCUCAACCCCCAUUUCAGUCUCCCGUCAGCCGGUGCACACCUUCCUGUGCGGUGAUUCCUAAGCAGCUGGGAACCCGAGGCUGUAAGGGGGCUGCGGGAAAUGGACUGCAGUCCAAAAUCCAGAAGCAGAACUUGAAGGUUUAACCACUGACCCAUUUCACAGAAUGUUGCGUGCAUUCAUGGACCAAAAGAUGGAGUUGGUUUUUAUUUUUAAAAAGAUAUUGUCAAUGAUCUGAUACGACUAUAAGUAUUCGCUUGAUGAAGAUGCAUGGACUUGUCAUUAAGUUGGACUAGUGAUCAUUUCUGAAAGUUUCUUCAACCACAAUUUCUAUUUGAAAAUUCAAGUAUCAAAGAAUUUUUGGUUUAGAAUCAUAUAAUGAUGUAUUUUCUCUGAGUACUGACAAUUUCAUAGAGACCACAGUUGGAUUCCAGUUAUAUUCUACAAUCAAAGUGAUUCAGUUCUUUGAUAAAGUUUAUUUUGAAGAAUUUUAUGUUUGUAAACGACACCAAAAGAUGGGAGAAAAAAAUGGUGAUGCAAAAUCUUUCUGGAUGGAGCUAGAAGAUGAUGGGAAAGUGGAUUUCAUAUUUGAACAAGUGCAAAAUGUGCUGCAGUCACUGAAACAGAAGAUCAAAGAUGGGUCUGCCACAAAUAAAGAAUACAUCCAAGCAAUGAUUCUAGUGAAUGAAGCAACUGUAAAUAACAGUUCAACAUUGAUAAAGGAUCAUUUGUCUGUGAUCCAGAAUGCACAGGAAAACAAAUCAAGUUCGCUGCCCUCUACAUCAUAUGAAGACCCCUUUCCAGAAGACUGUACCUCUCUAUCUACAGUAAAUAAAGAAAUUCCCCCUCUGGAAAAUAAAGUUGGAGACUUCAGAGAAAAAGAAUCAUCAUCAAAUUUAUCCUACCAAAAGCAUGACUGCUCUGGUGCCUGUCUGAUGAAAAUGCCACUUACCUUCAAGGGAGAAAACCCUCUGCAGCUACCAAUCAAAUGCCACUUCCAAAGACGACAUGCGAAGACAAACUCUCAUUCUUCAGCACUCCACGUGAGUUAUAAAACCCCUUGUGGAAGGAGUCUACGAAACAUGGAGGAAGUUUUUCGUUACCUGCUUGAGACAGAGUGUAACUUUCUAUUUACAGAUAACUUUUCUUUCAAUACCUAUGUUCAGUUGACUCGGAAUUACCCACAGCAAGAAGAAAUUGUUUCUGAUGUGGAUAUUAGCAAUGGAGUGGAAUCGGUGCCCAUUUCUUUCUGUAAUGAAAUUGACAAUAGAAAGCUUCCACAGUUUAAGUACAGAAAGACUAUGUGGCCACGAGCAUAUUAUCUAAACAGCUUUUCCAACAUGUUUACUGAUUCAUGUGACUGUUCUGAGGGCUGCAUAGACAUAACAAAAUGUGCAUGUCUUCAACUGACAGCAAAGAAUGCUAAGACUUGCCCCUUGUCGAGUAAUAAAAUAACCACUGGAUAUAAAUAUAAAAGACUGCAGAGACAGAUACCUACUGGCAUUUAUGAAUGUAGCCUGUUGUGCAAGUGUAAUCGACGAAUGUGUCAAAACCGAGUUGUCCAGCAUGGACCUCAAGUGAGGCUACAAGUGUUCAAAACUGAGAAGAAGGGAUGGGGAGUACGCUGCCUAGAUGACAUUGACAGAGGGACGUUUGUUUGCAUUUAUUCAGGAAGAUUACUAAGCAGAUCUAACACUGAGAAACCUGAUGCUAUUGAUGAAAAUGGAAAAGAAGAGAAUAUUAUGAAAAAUAUGUUUUCAAAAAAGAGGAAAAUAGAAGUUGCAGAUUGUGAGGUUGAAGUUAUCCCAUUAGAACUGGAGACACAUCCUAGAAGUGCUGUGACUGAGGAAUGUCCACCUAAGCUCAAUAAUAAUUCCAAAGAGCCUAUUAUAGAAAUGAAAUAUAACAGUAUUUCAAGAAUUCAGUAUCAUUCAGUCAUUAGAAGUCCUAAAACCAAGACGGCCAUUAUUGAACACAAUGGGAAAAAGAUGGGAUUUACUUCCUCAGAGUCUAUCACAUCAGAAGAUAAUGGUGGAUUUAAACCAACUCAAGUACAUCUGAACUCUAAAGCCAAGGAAAUGAGAAGUGUCUUUCAGGUUGCAGAAAGGUUGCAAAAAAGGAUAUGCGCGCUCUGUCCCAAAGGCCUCGAGUGUAGUGUCCUGUACUUUGCACAGUCAGAGAAUAUAGCUGCUCAUGAAAACUGUUUGCUGUAUUCCUCAGCACUUGUGGAAUGUGAGGAUCAUGACCCGUGUAAUCAUGAUAGAAAUUUUGAUGUGGAAUCAGUAAAGAAAGAAAUCAGGAGAGGAAGGCAGUUGAAAUGCACAUUUUGUGGGGAAAAAGGAGCCACCGUGGGAUGUGAUUUAAAAUGCUGUCACAAGAGUUACCACUUUUUCUGUGCCAAGAAUGACCACGCAGUUCUACAAGCUGACGGAUCUGAAGGAACUUAUAAAGUGUUGUGCCAACAACAUGCGGACACUCAAAAUGACCUACUCUCAGUGAAGCCUUUGUCCGGUGCCUUCCAUUCUCACUGCAGUCAGCAGCCCAAACCAAGAUACGGAAAAAGCAAAAGGGGAAGGAAAAAACGUCUCUCCACGAGCAAUUAUGUACAGGACCCGAACGUAGAACAGUACACGAAGGCUGCAGCAGCCGCUGAGAAUGCAAUCCAGUGCUACCAUGUCAUCUAUGACAAGAAAAAAAAAGCUACUAUCCAGACAUCACUGGAUCGUUUUUUCAAGAGGGUAGAUAGAAUUGAAUCCAGCAAGGAACCAGAACCUGUGUCAUCAACCUCAGGCGUGAGUGACAUUGCAGCUUGCCCUCCAUUGCUGACAAUCCUUCAGCUCUACCAUCUCCCGCCUCCUCUCCCUCCUCCAGUCAGUAACUCUUCUUGCCUGCUCACUCCAUGCCAGCCCCUGUGUGCCAGCUGUUGUACUGUACUACUGUACCCACCUGGAAUCAGAAUGGCACUGGAUAGGAAGGAAAAGGAUGUCAGACACACAGAUGCAAUUGUGAAAGUUGCUUUUCUUAAGAAAUGUAAAGAAGCGGGUCUCCUUAAUACUUUAUUUGAAGAAAUAUUAGACAAACUUCAUUUGAUUCAGGAAAGACUCACGGAUGAGAGCACUUCAGAUUCAGACUAUGAAGAAAUUGGGACUUCACUUUUUGACUGUAGAUUGUUUGAAGACACAUUUGUAAAUUUUCAAGCAGCAAUAGAGAAUAAAAUUCAUCAAUCUGAAGAAAGGCAGCGGCAGCUGAAGGAAGAGAUUGAGCUACUUCAGGACUUGAAACAAACCUUGUGCUCUGAGCUUCAGUCAAGUUCUACUUCAGAUUCUUCUCUGUCUUCUUAAGAAUGACCAUUUUCUAAGCCAGGAAUCAAGCACAGCUGCAAACAGGCUGAGAGCUGGAGACAGGCCUGUGAAAGCCACACAUCUUCAGCACUAGGCCCCUCAUGUCCCUCUGGUCCUCAAACUUCGAUCCUCACCAGCUCUUACCUGUUCUUGCUGAUUGGCAUCUUAUGCUUUUUACUGCCUCCUCCUCCUCAUCUCACUUCUACCUCUCCCCUCCAAUAAAGUAUUUCUCAGAUUCUACUUAAGUAAACUGGACCAUGCCUCCCAUCGCUCUAAAAUCCUUUGAUGGCCUCCAACCCCCCCCCCCCAAACCAGUGAGCUAAGUGGAUUCCAGGUGCUCCUGCCCCAGGGCCUUUGCACAUCCUGCUCUGAAGUCUUCACUGCUCCUCCUGCAGCUCUCCUCCUACCUAUGCCAUCUGAGAGUACUUUCUCUUCAUAUCCCUUCUUGGUGUAAGCCAUCAAAUCAUACAUCAAACCACUGGAGUGUAAGCAGUCUGAGGGCAGAUACUAUUCCUGUGUUUUCCUCCCUGUCACAUCCCCAGCAGCUAGCAUGUUCAAUAAAUGUUGAAUAAGUGUAUAAACUGUUUUUGAGACUAGUUCCAGCCCACAAUGCUUCUUUGAUAAAAUAAAUUUGAAUAUUAUACCUGUACCAAACGUACCUGUCUGCUUUUUAAAUUUCUCUUCAGCCAUAGUCACCA